CCCUCCUCCUCCUCCUCCAGAGUUUAGAAACGAAACUUGGAGAAGUGGUAAUCGCAGUUCCAACAAUGCCCUUCGCCAACGGGGAGGGCAACAUGCUCCACCUCAACCAAAAAGAUUUUGACUUCAACCUGCAAUUUGAGAGUCUCUUUUUCUCGAUUAUUCCCUCCGUCUUGUUUAUCUCAUCAUCGCUAUGGCGUGCUCUUGCACGGAUGCGCAAGCCCGUGGUGGUGAAUGCGCCCGUCUUGCAGUCCAUAAAAACUGGUGCCAUCGUAAUUUAUUCUGGCUUGGAACUUGCGCUCCUUAUACUCGCCGCGGUCGGCUCCUUUCACAUUAGCCGCAUGUUUAUUGCUUCCUCCGUCCUGCAGCUGCUAUCGGCACUUUUCAUGCUGACGGUGAGUGUGGUGGACCACAGCCGCAGCCCUAGACCCUCGAUGCUGCUUAACAGCUACUUGCUUCUCACCCUUCUUCUCGAUAUCGCUCGAGCAAGAACUCUGUACCUGUCGUCAGACCGCGGUUCCGACAUCACCUACAGCAUUAUUUUCUGUGCAUCGGUCGGGCUGAAGACCGCCAUCUUGAUACUGGAGGCCUGCCAGAAGGGGAGAUGGGUGAGCUGGGACGCAACGAAACACAGCCCCGAGGAGACAAGUGGGAUAUUCUCGCUAGGAGUCUUCUUCUGGUUGAACAAGCUCUUUUGGGCUGCAUAUAGACACACCUUUACCAUCGAAAGCCUGUACCCCCUCGACAGCACCUUCAAUGCACAGGCCCUGCAUGGGGAUUUCGCGAAGAAAAUGGACUACGCCAAGCUGAAGGGUGAUAAGUUCGGCCUUCUGAAGGUGCUUCUCCGUACAUUGUGGGUGCCAUUACUUCUGCCUAUUCCUCCAAGGGCGGCUUUGAUUGUCUUCCAUAUGUGCCAACCUCUAUUCAUCGAGAGUCUCAUCACGUAUCUCUCUCAUUCGGAACCAGAUCCAAAUGUGGGAUAUGGGUUAAUCGGCGCAGCCGUACUCGUCUACUCGGGAAUUGCGGUCUCGUAUGCCUUGUACUGGUACUGCCAUCACCGACUACGGACGAUGGUCCGCUCCAUCCUAGUCACUGAGAUGUUCCAUGCCGCGACGAGAGCCCGGCUUGGGUCAAGCGAUGAUAACGCUGCGCUGACACUCAUGAGCACCGACAUGGAGCGCAUCCGAAUGGGUCUCCGCUUCGUACACGAGACAUGGGCGAGCCUGAUCCAGGCCGGUCUCGCCACCUGGAUGCUCUAUCGGCAACUCGGGGUCGUGUUCAUCGCCCCCGUAGGCGUGGUGGUAGUCUGCUUCGUGGGCUUAGGGGUCCUGAUCAACUUCACCGGUGACUCGCAGCGAUCCUGGAUGUCCGGGGUUCAGAAACGGGUCGGGCUCACAGCCACCGUCAUCGCUAGCAUAAAGGCGCUCAAAAUAUCCGGUCUCACGGGUCCCGUGGCGGAGUACGUGCAGCAGCUGCGGGUCGAUGAGCUCGCGGCUGGCGCUCGAUACCGCCGGAUCAUGAUCAUCGCCGCCAUUUUUGCAUUCAUGCCGCAGUUGAUCAGCCCUCCACUGACCUUCGCUUUUGCCCGGGCCACACUGAAUGCUUCAACCAUGUUUACCAGUCUUUCAUUCCUGACCAUGUUGACUCAGCCGCUGUCGCAGCUGUUCCAGUCGAUCCCUGAGCUCGUCUCAGGCCUAGCGUGCUUGGGUCGGAUUCAGACAUUCUUGGAAUUGGAGCCUCGUAACGACUACCGACAGCCCCUGGUCGAAGCCCGGAGUGGCGGCAUGGAGAAUGGUUCGGAUUGUGUCGUCGUCCGAGGCGCGAGCUUUGGAUGGAAAGCAGACAUGUUUGUCCUGAACAGCAUCAACACUCAAAUCCCCGCCUCGGCCCUGACGAUGGUCGUCGGCCCCGUCGGCUCAGGCAAAUCUACAUUCUGCAAGGCCCUUCUAGGAGAAAUGCCCUUUAGCCAAGGCAGCGUCUUGAUGGGCGAUUCCCCCCGUCACGUCGGUUUCUGCGAACAAACGGCCUUUCUCUGGAACGGUACGAUCCGAGAGAACAUCGUCGGAUUCACCCCUUUUGACCGCGAGCGUUAUGACCAGGUCAUUGAAGUCACCUGCCUGCGCUUCGACCUCGCUACCUUACCUCAGGGAGAUCAGACGAAUAUUGGGUCAGAUGGUGUAGCAUUGUCGGGCGGGCAGAAGCAGCGUUUGUCUCUUGCGCGAGCACUAUACCUACGUUCCGACCUUUUGAUCCUGGACGAUCUGUUCAGCGGGUUGGACGCUGAUACUGAGGAGCAAGUCUUCCGGCAGGUCUUUGGACCGGAUGGGCUACUGCGACGACGGGGGUCGACGGUGGUUCUGUGCACCCAUAGUGUCCGGCAUCUCCCGGCCGCGGACUACAUUAUUGCGCUCGAGAAUGGCGGUGUUGCAGAGCAGGGUACCUUUAGCGCUUUGUCGAGCCGUGCGGGUUAUGUUCAGCGUCUGGAGGUGGGACUCAAGCAGGAUAGCGAGGAUACUACUGCUGCUGACGAUGAGUCUGGUCCUGGUCCUUAUCCCGAGCAGGAGGGCCAACCUGGGGCUGACAAGGUAGUCGAAUCUGAGACCACUUUCAACAGCACGCAGUUAUCUACCCCUGUUGCACCAGCGGUGGCCACAGCGAGGCAUGUCGGUGACGCCACCGUCUAUAAGCUGUAUAUCAAAAGCAUGGGAUGGUUUGUCGCGGCUUGUAGUCUGUUCUUUGCGGCCCUCUGGGGUCUUUUCACCAAUUAUGCAACGAUCUGGCUUACAUACUGGAGUGACGCCACCGAGUCCAUCCAUCCUGCGCACUCCAAUCACUACUACGCGGGGAUCUAUGCCGUCCUGCAAAUAUGCGCCAUCAUCGCCGCCCUCCUCCUGGGUAUAACGCUCUUCAUCGUCUCUGUGAAGAAAGCCGGCGCCAAUCUCCACCAGCAAGCCUUGCGCACCCUGAUUCAUGCACCACUCUCCUUCUUCACGAAUACCGAUACUGGAGUGGUCACAAACCUCUUCUCCCAGGAUCUCAACCUCAUCGACACCGAGCUCCCCGAGGCGACCCUCAACACCCUCUUUUGCGUCUUCCAGUCGAUUGGCCAAGCCGCAGUGAUGCUUACCUCGUCCGUCUACCUAGCUAUCAGCUACCCGAUCCUAGGCGCCUUGCUCUACUUCGUGCAGAAAUACUACCUCCGCACGUCGCGGCAGCUGCGCUUGCUCGACCUGGAGGCCAAGAGUCCGCUGUACACACAUUUCCUCGACGCGCUCAAGGGGAUCUCCACGCUGCGUGCCCUCGGGUUCCUCCCGGAAGACAUUCAGAAGAACGCCCGGCUGGUGGACUCGAGCCAGCGCGCGGCGUAUCUCCUCCUCAUGAUCCAGGAGUGGUUGAACCUGGUUCUUAAUCUCGUUGUGAUGGUCAUCGCGGCGGUGUUAACGACGCUGGCCGUGCGGCUGCAUUCCAACUCGGCCUUCGCUGGUGCAUCGCUGUACUCGCUGAUGAGCUUCGGUGAAAGCCUUUCUGGGAUCGUCAUUUACUACACCAGGCUGGAGACCUCCAUCGGCGCGAUUGCGAGGCUGAAGACUUUCAACGAGACCGUCAAGCCGGAGGACCGCGACGGUGCUGGACAGGAGGACAUCGUCCCUGACACGAACUGGCCGGAUCGCGGGCUGGUCGAGUUGCGCGGUGUAUCCGCCAGAUAUCAGUCCACGACCUUGUCUGAAUCUGAUCCUGAGUCCACCGAGCCGCCCCUAGCUCUAGCCCUCAAGGAUAUCACUCUCACCAUCCACCCGGGGGAGAAAAUCGCCAUCUGCGGCCGCACCGGCAGCGGCAAAUCCAGCUUCCUCGCUCUUCUGCUAAAACUUCUUGAGCCGCUGUCCCCCUCCUUAAACACAAACGGCAACGAUCAGGACCACCAGGAGGAACCUCUGGUAAUAAUUGACAACAUCCCGCUGCACCGCAUCCACCGCGCAACCCUGCGCCAACGCCUCAUCGCCGUCCCCCAAGACCCCGUCUUCCUACCGGACGGCUCAUCCUUCCGCGCGAACCUCGACCCAACCAACGCCGCCACCCCAGCAGAAUGCCAGCAAGUCCUCGAAGCAGUCCGACUGUGGGACUUUGUCCAAGAACAUACAGAAAAAGGCCUGUACGCGGGGACCAUGAGCGCCGGACAGAGACAGCUCUUCUCGCUGGGGCGGGCGGUGCUUCGUGCUAGACUCCGACAGCAUUUGACGCCUUCUUCCUACCCUGAUGAGGGAUGCACCAACGAAGAACAGGGUGGCAUCCUUCUCCUCGACGAAGUCAGCUCCAGCGUGGACCGGCAAACCGAGCGGUUGAUGCAGGAGAUCAUCCGGACGGAGUUCCGGGCGUACACGGUCAUCGCGGUGAGUCAUCGGCUGGACAUGAUUAUGGAUUUUGAUCGGGUGGUGGUUAUGGAUCGGGGGGAGGUGGUGGAGGUCGGGGAUCCCGUAGCCCUAAAGGAGAGGGGGAUUGAAUCGAGGUUUGGCGAGUUGGUGAUUGCUGCUGGUGCGUAG